AUGUGCCCGUGCCCCCUGCACCGCGGCCGCGGCCCCCCGGCCGUGUGCGACUGCAGCGCGGGUCGUUUGGGGCUGCGCUCGUCCGCCGCGCAGCUCACCGCCGCCCGGCUCAAGGCGCUUGGCGACGAGCUGCACCAGCGCACCAUGUGGCGGCGCCGCGCGCGGAGCCGGAGGGCGCCGGCGCCCGGCGCGCUCCCCACCUACUGGCCCUGGCUGUGCGCGGCCGCGCAGGUGGCGGCGCUGGCGGCCUGGCUGCUCAGCAGGCGGAACUUGUAGGAACGCGGGGCUUCUUGGUGGGGCCGGAGCCGAGACCCAGCCGGAGCAAGCAACAGGUUGGUGAAAACCCUGUGUCCUUGGAGAAAGCUGGUUCCCGUUUUCCAGAGGGGGAGCCCAGAGCUUGAAAGGCCGCGGUUGGCACUUCGAGAAGGAAGUGGAGAGUAAAGACAGCGCCUGGAGCGAUCGUAGAAACACAGAAUGGGACUGGGGAAGCCCUUUGGAAAUCCAGCUGCAGAAACAGACACCCCAAUGCUAUUUACAUACAGCUCUCUAUAUAUAACAAAAAUAUGAAUAUUACGUAUCAGUGCAUGCCUUGUCGAGGACGUGGUUGCCUUCCUUUUCUGCACCUUGCGAUGUGAACUUUGAUAUUCUGUAAUGUCUGGGGCGCCAGAAGAGAGAUGCCUGCUGUGUACUUAGAAACUGUUUGCAAAGACUGGUGGGAAUUAGCCCUAGCAUCGGCCAACUGCCUGGGGAUAGAUGCUGGUGGAAUAAGAGGUAACAGUGCAAAAGGCAUGAUAGGAAAAAAAAAAAAAAAAAAAAAAGGUGAGGACUUGGGGCCAAUUGUGUAGGGGCAGUCUGGGGUGCCUCCAUUUCUUGACUUGUCCUAGCCUCUCCCUCUGUAUUUACCUAGGUCGAUCGCUAGAUCCCACUGUCACGUCGAGAGAAACGGGAUUUUUGUGUCUCUGGUGCUUCACUUAAAAUUUUGCUGGUGCUAAGUGCGUUCCUGCUGGUGCUGCUGUGGUAUUCUUUCGACAGACUUGUUGGAAGGCCAGGGGACAAGAGAGAUUUCUAUUUUGCUGUUUCAGAUUCUUUUUUUUUUUUUUUUAAGGGACAAGUUGCAAAAGUGCCACUUGAGAGUCUCUUCCCUUUCUCUACGUGGGGACAAAUAUCCAGAGGUGGUUUGGAGCAAACCUUGGGGUCUAGGAUGGAGGAUGGCAUUGAGAGGCUUGCUGGUUAUGAGGCAGAAAGCUGACCUCAUGCAUGACUUGGUUGCUAUCUCCUCCACCCCCACAAAAGUGUCCUCGGAGUUCAGCCCACAGCCUCCUCCACUCCCCAAGGGGAUUUCAGGGUUUAGGUUUUAUGGAUUAAAGAGCCAAGAAAUGGCUACAUUCUGGUCAAAGAUGAUUUAUAACCAGGGGACGCUGGGGGAGGGAGUGGGCCAUUUAAAUGAAAUGCACCAGCAUCUCACUGAUUGACAGAGGUCUGAUUUUUUUCCCCCCAAGGAUAAGCUACUAUUUUCAGAAGUUUCUAGAAGGGCUAAAAAAAAGAUGUGUGCUGGACGGAGACUUGGCUGCAAAGACUCUUCAGGGAGCAGUGAUUAUUUUUUGCUUUCAUUUUCGAAAAAUCCAACAUAAGCACGUAUUCUUCCUCUGUGCAGGAUACCACACACUGCCAUUUUCAAAGCCGAGGUGGCGAGGUGUCAGCCUGCAGAUUCGGACAGUCAUUCUCCAAGGCUCGAUUUGCAAGUCACCACCUGGUACCUAUAGACAGAGGGUCCAGCAGGCUGGUUAGCAGACACCGCUCCAGUUCUAAGAAGCCAGCAGUGGGAUCCACGUUUGUUAAGGUGGAUGCGGCUGAAAUGGGAAUUAUCCCCCCAUAGGCUUUGCUGUAAAUGACCAGGUCCUUUAGAAUGUACAACCUCUCAGUGCUGCUGCAAGCUGGGAGCUGGAUUUCUUUCUGUCUUCUUUUUAAAAUCCAUUCCUUGUGUUUUCCUAAAUAGCCCUUUAAAGACAAAUGUAACCCCAGGGCUGCUGAAUGUGAGGGAAGGCUCCCCCACCCCGCAGCUUUGAACUCAGCAA